GAAGCUAAAAUCUAGAUGGAUUAUGAUACAAGUUACUAGUUCCAGAUAUCCACCAUCUAAUCCGUUCCACAGCCGAAUCACUUUUCAGAUCGGGGGCCGCGCCGCUCCGCUCCUCCUCCUCGGCUGAAUACUCGCCGAUGUUAGGCCUUCGUUGGCCGACGAGGGAAAACGCGACGAAAGGAAAAGAGCCGCCUCUUCUUUUUUCUCCUCGCCGAUCGGCGAUUCUCCUACUCGCAACGGCGAUAUCGGAGCUUCCGCCGCCAGAUUUCGGCUUCUCCGAUCCAUCCAGGUGGUUUCCCGAUCAAUUUGCUCGGGAACCUAGGGCUUGUAGAUCGUUGACGCAAAACAAACGUCUGCCGAGGAAUCAGUAGCACCAGAAAGGUUCUUGUUGAGGGGGUUAGCUGAUUCAAUUGGAGCAAUUGGAGUCCUUUCUUGGCCUUGGUUGCGUUUGUAGGGUUUUCUCUGGUUGCACACUACGCGCUUUACAGUACAUGAUGAAGCAGCAAAGUGCACCAAAUUCUUGUGAAACUCAUGUCCCUAUUUUUGGUAACUUAUCAGAUUUUGUGAAAAUGACUAUGAAGGGCUUGAAAGCUUUGAUCUUGUUAUGCUUGAAGGAUAUCCUUGUGCUAUCAAGCUUGUGGUGAUGAGGCCAUUUUCUUCCCUGCCAAAAUUGGUGAACUAAAUAUUCUGGCUCAGGUUGCAAAGUUGUCUUCGUUUAUAUACUGUUUGGUGUCGCAAUCGGAGUUUGGUUUCGCAAGUGGAGUUUGUAUUUGAAAGUUCACAGUCCUGCUGAUUGAGUGACUUUCACAUUUUUGUCUGGUGAAAUUCUUGGAGCUUGAGGUUUGGUAUGUAAUGCAGGAUAAUGGUUAGAGGAAGAGAUGCUUGCUGGGAGCAUUGUGUUUUGGUUGAUGCAACAAGACAGAAGGUUAGGUGCAAUUAUUGUCGCAGGGAAUUCAGUGGUGGGGUGUAUCGCAUGAAGUUCCAUCUUGCUCAGAUCAAGAACAAAGACAUCGUUCCAUGCACUGAAGUCCCUAAUGAUGUGAGAGACUUUAUACUGAGCAUUCUGAGUACUCCUAAAAGGCAAAAAACUACCAAGAAACAGAAGAUUGAGGCACCAAAUAGCCCCCAUAAUAGUUCUUCUGCCAGUGGUGGUUUUCAUCCGAAUGUUAAUUCCAGUGGGCAACACGGAAGCACUUGCCCAUCUUUAUUAUUUCCACGACCUUCACCAAGUGCCCAGCCAAUGCUAGAUGAUGCUCAAAAGCAAAGGCAUGCAGAUGCUGAUAAGAAGAUUGGUCUUUUCUUCUUUCAUAAUGCAAUUCCAUUUUGUGCUUCUAAAUCCAUUUAUUACCAGGAAAUGGUGGAUGCUAUCACAGAAUGUGGUGUAGGCUAUAAAGCCCCAAAUUUUGAACGGCUGAGGACCAAUGUCUUGGAUAAAGUGAAAACUGAAAUAACUGACAGUUACAAGAAGUCUAAGGAUGGUUGGAAGGAUACAGGUUGUACUGUUAUUUCAGAUUUCUGGACAGAUGGGAAAUCCAGAGCACUUAUAGUUUUCUCAGUUGCUUCUCCUAAAGGAAUCGUCUUUCUUAAGUGUGUGGAUGCAUCAUCACAUGCUGAUGACCCUCAUUCCUUGUUUGAGUUGCUUGAAUCAGUGGUCUUGGAAGUUGGUGUAGAAAAUGUCGUGCAGGUAAUUACAGAUAGCGCAGCUAGUCAUGUUUGUGCAGGAAGGCUUCUUACUACCAAGUAUCCUUCAAUAUUUUGGUCUCCGUGUGCUUCACAUUGUAUUGACAGUAUGUUGGAGGAUAUAAGUAAACAAGAGUGGGUAAAUACAGUUAUAGAAGAGGCAAGAAUCAUCACAAGGUAUAUAUACAAUCAUUCAUGGGUACUUAACUUGAUGCGAAAAUUUACUGGUGGCAAAGAACUUAUUAGACCAAAGGUUUCUAAAUUCGCUGCAAACUUUCUUUCCUUGAGAGCAAUGGUUGUUCAUGAGGAUUGUUUGAAACACAUGUUUUCUCACUCAGAUUGGAUGACAUCUAUAUAUAGCAAAAGACCUGAUGGGCAAGCUGUCAAAUCACUGGUAUACUUGGACCGAUUUUGGAAGGCAGCGCAUGAAGCAAUAAAUUUGGCAGAACCUCUUAUGAAGGUUCUAAGGAUUGUCGAUGGUGAUAUGCCUGCCAUGGGCUAUAUAUUUGAAGGCAUAGAAAGAGCAAAAUUGUUAAUCAAAGCAUAUUACAAGGGAAUUGAAGAAAAGUAUGUGCCGAUUUGGGAGAUAAUAGAUAGAAGAUGGUGCAUGCAUCAACAUUCUCCCCUACAUGCAGCUGCAGCUUUCCUCAAUCCAUCUAUCUUCUAUAAUACCAACUUUAAAAUUGAUCCCAAAAUGCGAAAUGGCUUUAACGAAGCAAUGCUGAAAAUGGUUAACGAAGAUGGAGAUAAGAUGGAACUGACAAAAGAGAUUCCUUUGUACAUCAAUUCACUUGGCGCCCUAGGCAAUGACUUCGCUAUCAUGGGAAGGACACUAAACCCUCCUGGAGAUUGGUGGGCUACCUACGGUUAUGAGGUCCCUAUCUUGCAAAGGAUGGCAAUGCGGAUUCUAAACCAGCCUUGUAACUCAUAUUGGUGCAUAUGGAACUGGAACAUCUUUGAGAAUGUUCAGACCAAGAAACGCAACAAGUUGGAGCAAGAAAAGUUCAACGACUUGGUUUUUGUGCACUGCAAUCUCCGGUUACAAGCUAUCUGUCAUAAUAGAGAUGUAAAAUGUAAGCCAGUUGUUUUUGAAGAAAUAGAUGUUAGCUCUAUGUGGCCUACAGAGUCUGAACCUUCAUGUCUUCUUAUGGAUGAUUCGUGGUUGGAUAAUCUGCCAUUUGAUUGCAAAGGUAGUCCUUCAACAUAUGAAUGAAGUAAGCCAAUUAGAGGAGGAAUUGUAUGCCUUCUCUAUCUUCUCUAAGGAGUGAAAUACUUUGUUUCUCGCCCAUCAAUUACCACGAGUUAUUCGUUACAGACCA